AUGGAUCUGGCAGACACUUCGGGCGCCUAUUUUGAAGACGAUGAUGACGAUAAUGUUGAUGAAUUGUCGCUCCUUGAACGAAUGGCCGCCAUCAAAAGAGAACUAGGACUAUAUACUGAAGUGCCUGUUGCCGAGAAGGAAGACACGGAUUUAAAGCCACACGCCGCUAAUGGAACGGGUUGUCCUUUCCGAAAUGGACAUCAGAAUGGUGAACCAGCCGCGAAAAAGAGUUGCUUGGAUGCCGAUGCGAUGGACCAGACUGAUAGUCAAGCUACAAUGACGUCCGGAGUCUUCUCGCUGGAUACCGGCUGCUCGCAAGCAGAUCUAUCCUCACAAGAGUGUAAUGGCAGUACUCCACCAUGUCCCGAGGCUGAUGUAAAACCGGAAACGGCGGAACCAGAUGACGGCGACGACUUUGACCCGAUAGAAUACCUCGAAAAGGGGAUCGACGACAGCAAAUCACAGGAUUUUAUAGAAAAGAUCGUGCCACAGUAUCGGCGGACUGACAUCAUUGAGCCGCUGCCGCCGGGUUGGAGAGAAAUCACGCAUUCAUCCGGGGUUCCGGUUUAUCUGCAUCAACAAACUCGGGUCUGCGUCUUUGCGAGGCCCUAUCAUUUGGGAAAAGGUUCUGCUCGUUUUCAUCAGGUGCCCCUCUGUGCCAUUCCCUGCCUACACGAGCGCAAAGUGAAUGCCCUAUUCGACCAGAAGAAGCUGGAAGCGGAGAAGGAGGGCACCCGGCUGGUCCUUGGUGACAUACAGUUGCCCAAACAGGCGGACGACCUGAAUGCCGAGCUGAAGCCGGCAGAGAUGAAUGAGUACGCGAAAGGGGUGUUUCGAUUUCAAACGAUUCGCUGUCGUCGGCCGCUGCACCGUUGGAAGGAGAGGGCGGAAAAGGCGCGAGAAGAGAAGGCUCUCGAAUCCCAGCGGCUUAUCGACGCGAUCGAGGAGGGUGGUGACGAUUCAGAAAAUGUAAGACGAUGCGUUCUGCCAAAAAGUGUCGUGAUGGCGGCGCCGCAGGGAUUGGCCCACUGUGGAAAACCCGGUCGCUCCAAGCAUCUCACCGUAGCGGGAAAAACGGCGGUCAACAUCUUGCACGACUACAGCUCGAAAUUUUUGCGCAGCAGCAAGCCGUAUUAUCACGAGGACACCGAAGCUAGAAGAUCAGCAAAUAUGCCCUAUCAAUUUUCCUUGUACGUCAAAAUCUCGCCGGAGACACGGAUGGCAUUUGCUGACAAUAUUCGAGAAAAGCUGGCGGUGCUCCGUGAGCGGGAACGUCUGCAGAAUGGCGAUGAAGACGAUCGUGGCCAAUUGCUUGGCCGUGGGAAGGGCGCCUCGAAAAAAGAAGCAAAGCGACAAGCUGCUGAGGAAGCUGUAAAGCUUCUCCUGGCCCCUACUCCGAUCCGUUUCAACGCCGACGGGGAGGCCGUUUUGGACAACGAGAACGCGUCGAAAGUCGAUAUGAUUGAUGAAGCUGCCGAUACGUGCUUCGACACAGUGGCAAUCGACGAUCCGAAAGUUGCUCAUCUGACUCCGGGAUCCUACGUGCCAACGCCGUUGGAUCUGUUGAAGCGCCACCUCCAACAGUCGGCCGUGCUGGCCAACGUUAAAAUGGAGUGGACGACCGAGAAACUCGGUCAGAGUCGCGUCACGAUGGAACUGAAGCUCGGGGAUUUUGUGACAAAACAAACGUCAGACCGCCGGAUGACGGCCGAGCAGCUGUGCGCCCAGCAGGCGUUGAAGCAUCUGCAUAAUGGAGAGAUCAAAUUUUACGGCGCCCUGCUUCGCGUCUACAACCAGGACUCGCGCUACCAGUACGAAGCUAUGAAAGAGCAGAAAGCUGUUACGAGGCUUCAGACAGCGCAUGCAUCGAGAUCCACCGGAAACGCGGCGGUCCUCUCAAAACUGUGCGAAGAGCUGAAGAAGCUCGAGCGAGCGAUGGUCGUCCGGAAACAAGGCCUCUGCCAUUCCCGCGACCCUGUC